CGGCACGCACCCAGUCUGGAUUAAGGCGUAUUACAUGAGCACGGAACGGCUCAAGGGUGACUACCUAUACGUGGACCAGGUGCGACUACACACCGAUUACAACGCCACCAAUCACAGGAAUGAUAUCGCCCUUCUAGCGGUGCAGCGGCCUUUGGUGUUCAGCCGUUACACGAAGCCCAUCUGCAUACCAACAGAUCCGAUGAAUCUGACAGACAUGCGAAUAAUGGUGGCUGGCUGGGGACGACUUGGGGACGCUGAACCGGAACAGACGUCGCUGUAUCGAGGAACAGUGCGUGGUAUGUACGGGGAAGACUGCUAUCACCGUUUCAAGAAGUUUGGCUACGACGAUCUCAUCAUGUUCUGCGCCGAAAGGGACAGUACGGCUCUUUGUGAUGGUGACACAGCGGCUCCGGCGAUGAGCACUGGCAGCGACGGGGUGACGUAUCUACUAGGCUUGGCUUCGUACGGCUUUCCCUGCGGCAGCAGCAGCCUUCCAAGUGUGUUCUUGCGCAUCGAAUCAUUUUCCCCGUGGAUCUUCCACAAGUUGAACCGUUUCGCCGAAUACACGGAAAUAUCUACGCCUUGA